AUGAGCCUGUUAUCAUUUGUUACUUUGAUAUGCCUCGCUACAUUAAUUCAUCUAUUAAAAAUUCGCGGAGAGCUACAAAAUCAAAACGUAUGGAAUGGUCGGAAAGAAUUACGGGAGCUUGAUGAGAUAACUCUAUCCUUAUUGCAACAUAAAUUCGAUCAAUUUCAACAGGAAUCUAUAUAUAAUGUUACUUUAAUUGAUGCAUUAGCAAUGGCAGCAAUGACAAAAGAGUCAAUUAUCGAAAGAUUAGAAGAUAGUAUUGGAAUGAUGCUUCCAUAUUGGGAUUAUCGAAUAGAUGCUCAACUGACCAAACCAGAAGAUUCAUCAAUUAUGUUAAUGGAGCUUUGUCGUCAUAGUGUAAAUAUGAAGGCAACAAAUGACAGCGUGUUAAUUCAGAAUGUCAACGAUACUGAAAGUGAAAUCGAUCGGCAACUGGUCAAAAUUGAACAAAGAUGCCGAAGUGGUGCACUAUUAACGUUUCUACGACAAACUUUACCACCUAACGAUACUGAUGGAAAAGGAUGUUCAUCGUGUGCAAGUGAAAGUAGUAAAAAAUGGCUAUUCUGUGAUCACAAUGUUCAUCGAUGCAUUAGUAAAAUAAUUCCUAAUGGUAAUUGCACGAUGUUCGCAAAUGAUUCAGAAAGUUGUUUUCAGUCAAGAUGUCAUCAGGGACGCUGUAAUCAGCAGGAAUUGGCAAAUGUUAUGGAAUUAUCUGAAAAUAUUACUAUUACAAAAAAUCCUGCCAUCAACCUUGAGAACUCUGAAGAAUUGAAGAUUUUUAUCUCUCCACCGGAAACAAUAUCUCUGACGAAGAACUUCACAUCGAAUAUAAAUUCAAAUAAUACUACUGGAAUCGAUAUACAAACUGUGGAAAAUAAUUCGAUACUUACGGAAUCUUCUAGUCGUGUAAUCUCGGAAAGCAAAUACCCAGUUUCGAAGUAUACGCCACAUGCAUCAUCAAAAUUCAAGGAUUUAGGAAAGUACUAUUGGACAAACAUUUCUAGUGUCGAAAACAAUUCUAAUUUAGUUUAUGAUAAAAAGGAGAUAAUCUUAUCUGAAAAACAUCUGAAUAGGAAUCGUAAAAAGUUCAGGAAGAAAUAUUCUGAGAAAUCGAGAAAUAAAGGUGAGGUUGAAAUUAACAAAAUUCCUAUUCAGAAAUAUCCCGAAUCGAUCCAUUUUAUUCAACGCGAUAACAGCACAUUUCGGACAAAGAAACUACUAAAAUGCAGUCAUUAUCAUAGAAAAUUAAAGCAGCACAGAAGAAUUAGUAAUUUGUCAAAAAGCAUUGUCCAUUCGUAUGGAUAUGAUAGAUCAUAUCCCAGUGAAGAUCUAUCAGAAUUUUUAAAAAGCAAUCCAGAUUCCGGAAAGACGUCUAAAUUUGGCAUGAAUGAUAUGAAACUAUCAGCCAAACGUGAAACCACCGAUAAUAAACUUUGCCAAUUUUUAUUAUCAACUACCGCUGCUCUCAAUAUCCUCUCACAAUAUGUCUACUUUUCGAUUACUGUUAUUAAAGAGAAACCGAAACGUAAUAAAUUGUUAAAUCGAGCUGUUGUUACUUGUGAUAUUACACUUACUGGAGCAAAUAUGCCGUAUGGUUUCACGCAAAAGAUCAAAGGACAAUUAGUUCAAGGCAAAACAUCAGCUAUUAUACGUACAUUGAAUCCGGAGAUAUUUGGACCGCUUGUGGAAUUUAACAUUGCAGUAAACGAUCAACAUGGACAACCAUGCCGACAAAAAUGCCUGAAUAAUAAAGGAUCGUAUGGGAAUUGCGAGGACCGUCCAAUUCGAUUAACAAGUCACGAGUUUAUUGCUUUCUCAGAUCCUAUCGAAUUUUAUGAGACCCAAAAAUUACUUUUGGAAUGCCAAUGGACCGGAAGAGGAUACUAUCGCGAAAGGAAAUGCGAUUUUUUAUUAUUUAUAUGUGAUGAAUGA